CACCCUCAGAGGUCGACCCAAUAACGUACCGUGGUCCAGCUUCACUUCAUCACCAUCACGGAACGGUCUGGAUGAUCAUUGCGGGUGGCCCUAAAUCUCGUACGAUUAUGACGGCUGAGAAGGCUUGGCAGGAUGUGUGUGGGAAGCCAUCCAAACCAUCGACACGAAGGACAGCAGUGUGGCUGUCGACAGGAAUGAUAGGUACCCAACCCGCGUGGGAAGCCGACACUACUACCGUCACCACAGCCUGCUGUGGGCUCUUUGGCUCUUUAGCUCUUUUUACCAAAGUGGAUAUAUCCAACCUCUCACCAUCCAGAUAGGAGAAGGGGGGAGAUGUCAGCU